AUGUUGUUGAGGACACCAACUUGGCCACAAAACGGGUUGAGAGUCGAACACCCGGAGCUCCUUGAUUGGCUCUCAACAGCAGACUUCACCAGACCGCAAAACAUCGCCUCAGCUUCUCGAGCAAUAGACACAGGAGAAUGGUUCGUUGGUAGCAGCGAGUACCGCUUUUGGCGCGACAAGGGAGCAGGUUUCAUGUGGCUCUUCGGCCCAGCUGGUUGUGGGAAAUCCGUUCUCUGUUCCCGAAUCAUUAGUGAUCUGGAGAAUCUGUGCAAAAGUGAACAGAAACCGAAGUUGGGUUAUUGGUAUUUUCAGUUCAAUAACCCAGCCACUCAAGAGAUUUCCACUAUGCUGCGGUCCCUCAUCCGUCAACUGGGAACGUCGCCCUUACCUCCAGAGAGUCAACAUGGAAUGUCGCCGCUGUCUUCAGAGAUUCGUCGAUUAGGAAGCCACCAUAUGCCACGCGGCAGCCAACCAGAGAUACAAGAGACAAUAUCCACCCUUGAUGGCAUUCUUCGAGACAACCCCCAAAAAGUGUUCAUUGUUCUGGAUGCCUUGGACGAGUGCCCUGGAGGUCAUAGCACUUCCGAAAGAGCAAAAGUCCUAGAAUAUCUACAACGAUUGUCAUGUACCCACCAUCACAACUUACGCGUCCUCGCGAUUAGUCGGCCGGGGCCAGACAUUAGAACUGUGCUUCGCGAUCUCUGCUCAGAGACUAAUAGUAUCAAUAUUGGACUGUUAAUGCAGGCAGACGUCAAGACCUUCAUCAAGGAAGCUAUUGCUCGUCCUGAACUGAAAAGAUGGGGCUCAAAGGUCACUGAUCAAAUUGCAAGCAAAUUGCUAUCGGUCGAGGAAAACCUACAGAUCAAGCGACUACAAAACUGCUUUACACUCAAUCGAAUAUGGGCUGCUUUGACCACGCUUCCACCGACUUUGGAAGCAACUUACCACGCAGCUCUGGAGAGCAUAGAUGAAGAGAAUAGAGAGCAUGUGCGGAAGAUACUUCAGUGGCUCGCGUUCUCUUUCCGUGAGCUGACCCUAGGUGAAGUUGCAGCCAUCACCUCGUUCCAAUUUGCGGACGACCUGUUGCGGGUGUGCACAAGCCUACUCGUGACGAUCAUUGAGGAUGACAAUCGACAGAUUCUACGGCUGGGUCAUUUCUCAGUUCAGGAGUUUCUCGUUCUUCGUGGGGAAAGCAAAAUUGUUCAAUGGUACAACUUCACGGCCCACGAGGCACACGAAGACCUUGCGUUGGAUUCACUGUCCUAUCUACAAGGUACAAGAGAUGAUAUUCGCUCGCACUCGACCUGCGAUGCAAUGUCGACAGACUCUGCUGACGUGAUCGCGGAGGAGAAGGAAUCAUCAAGGUCAUUUCUUCAGUAUGCUGCGCGGACCUGGCCACUCCAUUUUAAGGAGGCAGGCAAUCCCACAGAAAACUCGCGCUUUUGGAAACUCAUCGAUAACAUUCUCGCAACGGAUUUAUACGAUGAGUGGCUUGCCAUGUGA